AUGAACAUAGAAGGAGAGGAGGGCGGGGUACUGGCUCUUGGGGCAGACACAGGAGGAGAGACAGUAGUCCAGAGCUCAGGCCUGAGGAUUAGAGGAGCAGCCUCAGCGAGACGCCCCCCCCCUACUCAGCUCAUCACCAUCCGGGCCGGGCAGGGCGCACGGGAUCACAUCUCGGCCAAUAUUUCCUGUGUCAUUCUUCACAUCGUUGAUUUUUCUUCUGGUUCGACACAGACUCGGGUCCGUGUUCUUCGCACCACGAGGUGGCAGACCCAGAUCUGGACUGGCCCUGAUGGUCACACUGAAGCCCCUCCACUGUGUAUGGGCCAAUCCUGGAGGGGUGCCGGGCUGAUGUCCCAGGGGGCAACUGGGUGUAUGUGA